AUGAAACGAGCAUCGGACCGAGAUAUUGAACUGGAAGAUUACAACAGUGAUAGCGAGGAAAAAUUUGAAAGUAACAAUAAGGUCGUUGAUCCAGGUGUAGACGAAGAUCAAACUGACGAUGCUAUGGCAGCAGAUGUGGCGGAUGUGGCAAAUAUACUAACAAACCAGCAGGCAUUUGAGGAGCCGACUUUCAUGCGGUCGUUGGAUUUGGAGGCAAUGCAUGCACCGGAGUUUUCUCAAUAUAUAAAUGCAGCAGAGCUUCUUGUUAUGACGGAUAGUAAAUUCACCGUGGGAAUGGAAUUCAAUUCUACCGAGACAGUAAUUAAGGCGAUGAAAUAUUAUACCAUCCGUAGAGGUGUAGAUUAUUGGGUGCAUGAGUCAGAACCGAUGAUAUUCUAUGUUAAAUGUACCCAGUACGGCACCUAUUAUCAUUCGAAGUUGGAUUCCAGCACAAUUGCAGAAGCAAUAAAGCCAUUGGUAGAAGUUGACCCAUCUAUAAAGGUGAAAUCUUUGAUUGCAGAAGUACAAUCGAAGUUUAAUUACACCAUAAGUUAUCACAAAGCAUGGUUGGCAAACCAAAAGGCAGUGGAGUCAAUUUUUGGAGGUUGGGAAGCUUCGUACGAAGCUUUGCCCAUAUGGUUUGAGGCCAUGUGUCAUAAGGAGCCAUCAAUAAGCAUUCAAACAUUGCAAGCCAAUAGUGCAGGUAGACGGAACUCAUUUGAGGGCUGUUUGUUGGUUGCAGUUUCACAGGAUGGCAAUAACAACAUCGUGCCUAUUGCAUUUGCGAUAGGGGAGGGAGAGACAUCUGAGGCUUGGUUAGCUAUUACUCGUAGUAACGGAUCUUGGUCUCCUCCCAGAGCUUUCCACAUUUUUUGCUUCAGACACAUAGAGUCCAACUUCUUGAGGAAGUUCAAGGCUCCAUAUCUACAGAAGCUUAUCAUCAACAUUGAAUAUUGGAGGAUGGUUCAUGGGUACGAGACUCGUUAUCAGCGUUUACGCAACUGGGGUGAGGCUUAUACCAACUGGUUGGAUCGGAUUCCACGUGAGCAGUAUGCUUUGGCAUUUGAUGGGGGAUACCAGUGGAGUCAUAUGACCACUAUUCUAGUAGAAUGCAUCAACUCAGUACUGAAAGGGGCGCGCAAUCUCCCAAUCACUACACUUGUUAAGGCAAUAUUUUACAGGCUUAAUGAAUAG